AUCUUCUAACGUAUCCACAGGAGGGGUCGAUGUCCCCCGCGGGCGCUGGUACAACAGGCGGCGCGGCGGGCGAGGUGCGGCAGCCGGUGCCGGGCGUGCUGCUCAUGGACUACCACCAGCGCUCCGGCCAGCCGCCGCAGCCCAACGGCGUCAGCGAAACUAGCGCGACGGGCGGCGGCAGCUCUCCCGGCGCCAAGGACCAGCUCAUGUACCUGGCGCAGCUGUUGGGCUUCACCGUGCAGUUCUCCGACUUCCCCAAGCGCAACCACGGCGAGUACCUAUCGCUGGUGUCCCUCUCGACGGAGCCGCCAGUGAUGUGCCACGGCGGCGGGCCCUCCACCGCGCACUCGCACGAGCAGUGCGCGCGCGCCGCCCUCCGCGCGCUCGCGCUCAUGGGGCUCGACGCGCCCUCGCCCGCGCCGGGGAUGCAAAGCGUGCCUGCCACGGGCGGCGGACCGAAGCCGAGCACGGUGAAUGGCAUCGCCGAGUGAGCAGGCGGCAGCUACUGGUACUGGCGUGAAUAUCUCACAGCGCGGAAGUCGUUCGGGCGACGCGUGCAUGCUGCGACUUGUCGUUCCAGCUAUGACAUAUUCACAAGCGCGACAUUUUGAUCUCGGGUCUUGCAACAUAUUUAGUUCAUUUUUUAAUUCGAAACGUUUCCUAUUAUGUUAGAAUGACAUAUUAUUAUGUAUAUUUUUUGUUAUACACGCGCGAUCUGUGGGGGAGCCGUUUUAGUUAUUCUCGAAAGAUGUUUGUUUUUCAUUGAAACAUUUCCGCUCACAAACUAGGUGUACAUUUUUUAUAUUAUUUUUAUUGAUACUUAUACAUUUUAUUGCAAACGGAUUAUGUUCUAUUGAGCAGAGGAGGUUGGCUCAUCUCGAUUAUUGUUAAGAGUAGUUCCAAAUAGAUUAUACUUAUAUCCACAACAUUAUGUAAUAAUUGGUUAUAUUUAUAUGAUAAAGCGUAGCUGAUUUCUUAGGUAGGUAAUUGGACAUGUAUCAAUAAAAUUAUGUAGAGAAACGAAUAAUAUAUCGAAACUGAGGCUGUGAGGCCAAACCAAAACAGUUUCAUUGGGAUUCGGCGACCGUCGCGACCUCGUGCGUCGUUAGUGACGUAAUUAAAUUAUAAUAAAAGCUCAUUAUAUUCAUGCAGUGCAGAGCGUUCGUCAUGCAUGAAAUAAUGAUGAAACAACAGCUGCAUCAUGUAACGGCCAAUAAAAAGACCGAGAAGUCGAUAAAAUGCAUGGCAUAUCGUUAGAAUUUACUGGUACGCAUGUGAUGUGUUUUUUAUAAUCCAGUAUAAUAAGCUGUAUACCAUAUUGAUAGUCUUCUCGAGCCUCGCGUUACAUGGUGUCGCGUGUUGCGGCCCGACGCGUGCAUCAUGCGGCCAUGGUGUUAGCGUAGGUAGGCGACGAACGUUGUGGCCUCGAUUUUAAACCAACAACUAGUGGGUGAGCGUUCAAAUUUCCCCCGACCCUAAGCUAUGAAAUGUGUAAUUCUAGAAGUAAGCUUCGACAGGACUGGACGACUAGCGAUUGCGCUCCUUCGACUUAGGCUAAGGUUGGAAGUUGCUUGUUAAUUUUAGGCUCUAUGUAACCUUCGUCUAAUGCAUGUACCCCUAAUGAAGUAGUAUAGCGUUUGACUAAUCGUAAAGCAAUUUUUCUCUAGGUGUAAAGUAUGAUAAGUGUGAACACGAUUGACCGGGGCCGUUGUUUGUCGACUUGCGUUGCGGCCCGGUCGGUCGUACAAGUGUACUGCCGAUUGUACAUUUCAUUGUAUUGGGUCCGAUUAUACACUUUAUUACUUAGGAGGUAUCCUAUUGCUAUGUACUACUAUUAGGUAAUCGUCUUCGAGUAAGCAAAAUUAUGCUUACUCGCGGGCUGAUUUUAAGAUGGUACCAAUUUUACCUACGAACUCAAUUCUAUUUUAAUUUGUUGAAACGAUUUUAAAUCGAGGCCAUCGCGAAAAUUUCUUCAUGUUAAAAGUUGCACAAGUAACAUA